CUGAGAACGUACCCGUCUAAUGAAAUUGCGUGAUGAACAUUGAUCUCAUUUGAUCCUCUAUAUCGCGACAAGUGCGCAGCUUGGUUAUCAUUACAAUAGCUUUGAAACUUAAUACAUCAGCCCAGUUGGAUGCAAGCACGAGAUCCGAUAAAUAUUGAUCGCGUGCACUCAAGCUUUUUCCAUUGGAUCAAAACAAAAGGUACGUCUUCGAUCAAAUACCACAUAUUUCUACAUUAGAUUUGUUGGCUCUGCUUGAGAAUGGCUCGAGAGCUUUAUUGACAAACCAUUAAGCACAUUUUAAUGGUGACAUCGUACCUCCCACAGGUUUGUGUACAGAGUAAUGCAAAUGCACCACAGAAAUUUGUAAACCCGUUGUCGUCUAGCUGUUCAAAGUCGGAAUGGCCUCGUCCUACGGCAGUGCGUCUUCUGUAAAUAUCUCGACCGGCAUGAAAGCAAAGCUUCAAAAAUGGAUGGGAAAGGCCAGUUCAAACGUUCGCGACAAGCGGUCCGCUAAUAGCAGAGAAACGUUAACGGAAACCAAGGAUUACUCGCACCCGCUUGAAAUAAAUAAUGGCGCACUCACUCCUCAGCAUUCAAGGGCAAGAAGUGCACCCAUACCGAUGCUACACGGCGAUAAAAUUGUGGUGAAAAAAACACGAAAGGGCUCGUUGGCAAACUCUCCCACCUACUACAAGAGAGUCAAUGGCGACCGUGAGAACGACAGGAUUAUUUCGUACCCAAAGAAUGGAAUUCCGAAGGAUUUAAGUCACAGUAUGGUGUUGUAUGAGUCAUCGAGCGAUCCCAGCAGUAGCCCACGAAAGCAAAAUAACACAGAAUUGAGUCUUACAAAUCAAACUCACUGUGUUUCUGGAAGCAGGAACGUUCGAGCGGCGAGCAGAGACGACAUAAGCAUGACGAGUGCAAACAUUAAGGAAAUGAAAAAAGUGCGUGCUCAAACAAAAGGCAAUAAACCCGCUCGUGCGGUAUCGAAAACAUCUGAGGAAUACUCUGACGAGAGUGCAAACUCUGACAGCGAGAGACUUUCAAUGAAUUCUGUUUUUGAAAACAGUCCCAGUGGUGGGUUGGAACAGCUAUCGGAACAAAUUCAGUCUCGGCUGCAGAAAUGGGUAGAGCGGGCGUCAUAUAUAGCCGCUAUGCGAGAGAGAAGAGCAAGCGAGGAAUCUGCCAGCUCUACCGAUGACAGUCUUAAUCCACCCGAAAGUCCUAAUUCAAGGUCUUCGACAUCAGAAGCGAAACUUUGGAAAAAUGAGAGUCAGGUGAAAAAGAUAAAAGAGCUGGAACUUGCGCUAAAAGAGCUGGUGGGGAACAUUGGAGUUCGAGUGGGCAAGCAGGAUGGAACCCAAUCACCCAGCUCUGGACAGGGAUCAAGGCACGAUUCGCAACGAGAGAACGAGGAUCUAAUUAGAAACGAGAGCCAGAAUUUAUUAAGCACGCUUUCUAAAGAUAUUGGCAAGUCUGACUUGGAGCAGAACAGAGCCAACAGCACAAAUUCCGACCCAGACGCUCGUGUCAACACCGCAGACGAGGUGAAGUUGAUGAGUGACAACUCCGAAGGAACAAAUGACGUUUUAUUAGAAAAUCCGAUGGAAGAUGAUGAAGACGAAUUCAUUUUCAUGAAGUCGAGUAAACCAAAUCGUGAGAUGACUAAUAAUGGUGACCCGCCACCUACACAAACUCUCGGCCGUAGGAGUGCUGAUUUGCAGGAAGUUUUGCUAUGUCAGACCCUUAUUGAACAAUUUCCUAAACAAAAUGGUUAUGACAGCGCAGCAAAAAUAGCCGCAAGCUACAGCAAGAAAUUAAUCGAUGACACAUCACCAAAAGUCAAAAAUACAGUCGAAGAAGGAAAUUUUUCCGCAGCUGCGAACAGUGAGAAUCACUCAUGUAAGACGGAAGCAAUACAAGGACAAAAUAGACCUGAUACCUCUAAGUGCUCGGAAAAUAAAGCUCGAGACACUACAGGAAAUAAACCUGUGCGCCCGAAUUUAAGGAAACGAAACACUGCUCCAGAUGGGACAACUCUAAAGGUGGGAAGUGCCCUGAGUGUACGUGAAAGUAUGAGACAGUAUUUGAAUUUCAAAGAUGCUGACCUGUCUGCCUUUGCCGUGGAAUGCGUGAGGCAUGCGAACAAAAAGAAACAAAACGUACGAGAGGAGGAGGCAGAAGAGGAGAACAUCGACUACAAAGCGCCUCAACCCACGAGGAAAGAGGCGGACCCAACCGAAUCUAAUGGUUCACCAUCCUCUUUGUCCUCAGGGCCUAAACCUGACGUGGUUAUUUCCUCGCAAGACGAAAAUAGCCAAACCAGCGAGGCUUAUUCAACGAAAUCUCUAGCUGAUUCGCGCGGAUCGUCAAUUGACGAAGAAAUCGUAAAUUCUGAGGCCAGCGAAGAAGAACGCGGCUCGCAUUACCCUUUCGCCCGUACUGCAGAAGAAGCUGAAUGGUCUGCGAAAGAGUUCGCGCUCUCUAAUGAAGGUGGAGAGAAGGAAAUCUUGGGGCGCUCGUCGAGUAACCCGCAGCAAGGGGUUUUGACUUCACAGCGUCUCUAUAAAUUUCCUUCAAUGCCAAUGUUCUAUUUCCCAAAAGGAAACGAAGAUGCCGAAAAUGGAUCACAAAAGAAAAGCGUGAAAUUCAAUAAGCCGCCAGCUAUGCAAAGAAGAUCCCUCGCCUCAUUUCCUUCGGCUUUCGAAUCACUCGGCGAUGGAACAGAUCCAUUCUAUCACGGACUCGAUAUGGCUUCAAAGACGAAACCAAAGUCAAGCAGCAGUUUGAACCUGCAUGGCAAGGACCAAAAUGCUAAUGAAGUCAACAACACAAAGCCACUUGCAAGUAGCAAUGUUGAGUUGCCUCAUAAACACAAGAACCACAUAGCAGAGAAAACUACAAAACAAAGAGUCAACAGCAGUGUCCAAUUAAAUGGCAUAAGUAAAGAUACAAACGACAACAAAGCUAGUCUUGAAGUGUCUGAUGAAGACAAAAACCACGUUGCAGUAAGAAGAACGAAACAAAGAGCAUUCAGCAGCAUCCAAUUGAGCAGCCUUGACAAAGAAUCCUACGACAACAAACGUACAAGGGCCAACACUUCGAGUUCCCGACCACCAAUGAGAAAACGAAAAAACAGUGCGCCAACGGGAUUGGCAGUGUAUCCUAUGAGUACCAGCGUUCGAGUGGACAUCGAAGCGCUGAUUUAACUGAUUAGAUCUAAUCAUACAAUUAUUUAAGAUGCGUUUUUAUCAAAAGUUGAGCUAGCUAAACGCAAAAUUUUUACAAAUGCAUGCCUUGCAUGAGAAAAUUUACUUUACAGAAUGCUUAAUAUUUAAGCCUAACUGUAAAUGAUGAAUUGGAAAGUUAUGAAGCCUUCAUAUGGGGUAAUGAGAUUAUAAACUACACACAUAUUUGAACAACUUCAUUUUGACAUAAGAAUGUAGAUUCCGUGGCUUUAGGC